AUGACUGCAAACGGUGGAGGUUGGACCGUCUUUCAGAGGCGUUUAAAAGGUUCGGCUGAUUUUUUUCAGGGCUGGGAAUCAUACAAAAAUGGGUUUGGAGAUCUAAACGGUGAGUUCUGGCUUGGAAACGACAAUCUUCAUCGUUUGACAGCAUUUGCUGACGUCAUGCUAAGAGUUGACCUGGAGGACUUUGAUGGCAACAUAACAUACGCAGAGUAUACAACAUUUCAAGUAGCUGACGAAGCAGAUAAAUACAGGAUUACGAUUGGAGGAUACAAUGGUACGGCUGGUGACUCGAUGGUAGAUAACGGAGGGCAGACCCAAAGGUAAGCAAAUAUUUCGCUGGUAAUUAAUUUGUAGUAACAGAAAAAGAAAAGGUCAAUACCGCACUUAUCAGCUCCCCCACUUCAUCAUGAGCCACCUCCAGUUAUAAACCCAUCUAUAGACCCGUAAACCAAAAAAAUACAUCCGAUUACAAGCCUCGGGAUAUAAGGCCUGUUUCAAACGUCGGCACGGCAGAAGCAGGACGUUUGAAACGGGCCUAAGCGCCUUACAAAUCUAUCAAAUCAGCAGUCCUUCAUAUACUUUCUUUAAAGCCCACCUUACACUGCUGUUACAAGUCUUUUUACCCUUACAAUAAGUGAUCGACAACGCUCACCACCUCAUAGAUAGAUACCUUCUUUCUGAUAUUCAAACCAUUUUAUUAAUUUGUAGAGUCAAGUAGACUCGUAAUCGACCACAGCCACAUAAGUGGCAUCUGUAUCUUAACUGCAGGUGUAGCAGUGAGCUGUAAUGCACAAAGCCUUUACUUCGGAAGCAUGAUGAGUAUUACUCGAAGCACACCAUGUUGGGCUGGGAAGUUUUGCUUGCGGAAUCCGGAAUUAGUAGAAUUUCGCUUGUGGAAUAUGGAGUUCUGGGUUUUAGAAUCCGGAGUCCAGCUCAAGGAAUCCGGAAUGCCACAAACAAUUGGAAUCCGAAAUCCAAGUUCCAAUUUAAAAAAAGAUGAGGAAUCCAGUACUGGAAUCUGGAAAUCCACGGCGUGGAAUCCAGACUCCAAGACCGUCUUGCAUUCCCUUACAUGCAUGGGGCGACUCGUAAAUUUGAAAUCCGUCUCGAAAUCCUUUCUUCAAAUCCUUACGGUAAAUAAAUAACCUCCUGACAAACAAAUCUCUUUGUUUGAUUUGUGCCAUUAUCAAACUGUGACUUUUUUCUGCAGUAACUUACAGUUUUCAACCAAAGAUGUCGACAGUGAUCUGCACCCUGACAAUUGCGCUGUUUUAUUCAGUGGAGCAUGGUGGUACCAUUCCUGCAGUUGGGCCAAUCUAAAUGGUUUGUAUCGUCGAGGAUCUUACAACACCAGCUACUUGCCCCAUGGAGUAAAAUGGGUCACGUUUAGAGGACAGUAUUAUUCUUUGAAACGCACUGAGAUGAAAUUAAAGCCUAAACCAUAAACAGAAAUGGUAUUACCGCAUUAUGAUGACCUAUGAUUUGCGUCGCAUCAUUUAAGUUGGUAGACAUUUGACACCACUUGCUACCUAAUCUUAUGAAAUUUCCAGUUUAAGAUUGAGUGCGAGCAAGUAUGACUUUUUAAGUAUAGUUACGGCUUGAAACUACAACCCGGUCAAUCAGACCGAACUCAGUUAUUGAGUGUCGUCAUUGGUUGGAGGGCCUUAAUUCUGGCAGUUCAUCUUGUCUUUGACACUUGGAAACGAGAAAGUAACUGGAACCGAAAUGUGUCCGGGAAUUUUUUGUGGGAUCGUUACCGCGCUGGUCAGCAAUUGGACAACAUUUUUUUCCUGUCCCCAGUGACAGUCCCACAAGUCUUUCCAAAAAUAACUCGGCGCAUUUGUACUCAGUGGAUUAAAACCGGCUCUUACAAUUUAUGCGUUUAACUUAUUGACGAAACGUAAGGUCAAGAUGGCUGAAAUUGGCCAGGUUGGUUUUUCCUUUUUAUAUUUGCCAAGACAAAGACGAGUUUCACAGGAACAGCGCAAAAAAAUGUAGUAGAAGAGGAAGGAUCCCAAACUUUUAGCCGUCGUAACUGAACAAACCUGGUCAUAAUAUGGCCAAAGCAAACUAUUUUGCUAUGGACCAAAGCGGAGCAGUCUCGAGUGGCCAAAUGGGCCCUAAAUGCUCGCUUGGGUAGACAAUCCAGACAAUCCGAAAACAGGAUUAAUUCCCUUUUUCUUGCCCACUGGCAGGCCAUUCUGACAGCCCACUUACAGUUAAUUCUGAACCUGAAAUUUUUAAUUGAUAAAGUGACAAUUCGAAUACGAUUGGUUUCACCAUGUGACACCUGUUAGAAUGUAUGUUUACAAGAGCCCAUUGCAGAUCACGUGAUGUUUGCAAGCGAAUUGAUCUUUUGCCUUGCAAUAAAUAAAGGAUGUAUGCAAGUGAUUAUCUUCAAUUUCUAAAAGACUGUGAGAACUCCCUUUUUAUUCAGUGUAGGCUUUGCAGAACUGGCUAAAUACUCAACCCGUAUUGGCAAAAAAUGGGCUUACCUCUUAUCUGUGUUAACCUAAUAAAGUUUUAGGAUUAUUUCAGGCGAAGAUGAAUAUUUCUUGCUCUUUCAAAACUUGGGGGCCAGAUCACUUAUCUGUGCGUAAGGGGGUCUUAAAAUAACUUACUUAUCUUCACUAGAAAGUUUGGAUUAAGCCGGUAGGUAGCCUGCGUCGAAGACGUACUUUAACACCGGUUAGUGACGUCUGCGAAGGAUCGCCGAGAUAUAUUCUCGUUGUAGGCCCCCAACGGACUCAACGAAUAACCGGAGGUGCGUUUGGAAUUUCCUUUAUUACUGAUUGGCAAAUUAACAACGUCUUUUUUCACAGGCCAAUCAUAGCGCGUACUUAAAUCCUGGUACACAGUUGGGACCCAGAACAAGGAUUUAGGCGCUGUUUUGUAGACCGACUUCACCAGAGUUAAGUUUCGUCUGUGGUGCAGGCUAACUGGUACGUAGAUUACCAGUUUCAUGUUUAAAAUCGCAUCCUGGCCACAGUUGUAAGUGCAAAAUGUCUUGGGCAGUUUCCUUGCGAAGAAUAUUACUCAUAUUAUUCACUAAAGGGGUGACUCUGAAGAAACAACCCGGUCAAAUUUAAUUGAUCUUUAGAUGUCGCGACCAUAUCGUUCUUGUGGCAACAAGAAACCAGGCUCCAGAGGGAAACAACACAACGAGAAGAUACUGGGAACCAGUAUAACUGAUCAUCUUUAAUGGAAAACUUAAUAGUUAUAUAUUAAAACACCUGUUAUACCGUUAAAGAGAUCCGUGAAAAAAUGUUACUGUGCCUUGUACUCGUCUUUGCCGAGACUGCAUCGGGCUUAAGCCGUAUUUCAGGAUCUCGUUUUCAAGCUAUUAACUUUGCUAAGGCGAAAGAAGGACGAAAGUUGAAUGGAAGCGUGAUAAAAGAAAUGCAAGUUGAUACGGAGGGUGCGUGUAGGCUUCAAUGUGUCAAUGACGAGCAAUGCCGCUCUUACAACUUUGGACUCAAGAAGCAUAAAGCUGGGAAUUUCCUGUGUCAGUUAAAUGGUUACGAUAGAUUUGUUGGUUUUGGUAACUUUACAAAAGAUGACAAUUUCAAGUACAGAGGAAUAGAGGUAAUUAACCAUCAAAAGAGAAAUACUUAGUUAAGUUGUUUCGAUAUAGUUUUUCAGAAGACAUUCCCAUAUUUUUCAAUCGCUUUAAAAGUGAUUUUAUCCUUGUCUGAUAGCUAUAAAAGUUUCACCAAUGAUUGAUUAUAGAUUGAAAUUUGUCAAAAUGUAGGUUUUAGUAAAAUCGAUAUUACUAUGACAACAAUAAACAAAAAACUUUGAAAUUGAUAAACGCCUAAUUUUGAGCGAUCUAGACCAGCUACUGAAAACCCAACACUAGGAACUUAAAGUUUGGUAAUUAGCAAAUAACCUCCGUGAGAAGAAAAAAAUUCUGUAUGUCUGAAUUCGACUAAAACGAAACUAUAUUUCAAACCUUAAAUUGUCAAUAGCCGUGAUAAAUUAUUUAACAAAACGUUAUAAAUGACUCAAAUUAUUCUUAAGUAGCGUCAGAAUGCUGCUUAAUAUCAUAUUUCGAUGCUCGGAAAUUUUGGUAUAUUUUCGUUCUUGCGAAACUAACCCGUUUUCUCACCACCUGUCUAAGUGCAACUUCAUUCAAAAAUUGGACUUUUAGCGCUUUUUUGUAUAUCUCUGAAACGACUCGGACUCAUUUUUUUAAAAUCUCUUCACAUAAUCUUCAUAAUGUAUAAAAUAAUGUCUGAAACUUUCAUUAAGACUGAUUCACUUCAACACCUUGAAAUUUCAAGACUAACCUAUCCUACGAAUUGGUCAAAAAUCUGCGCUACGACUUUCACUGUUUUGACGUUAUGCUUAUUUUUACAAAUUAGUGCGGACAAUACAUAUAUCCAUGACUGCUACAUUUCAGUGUGAGUAUUGUUAAUGUUUUACAUUCAAAAGAUGAGAUAAAUUCAAACUAAAAUGUACUAGUCGUGGAGGUAUGUAUAAUGCACAUUAUUUUGGGAAAAUUAGCAUAACGUCAAAACAGUGAAUGCUGUAGCGCUGAUUUUUGACCAAUUCGUAGGAUAGGUUUGUCUUGAAAUUUCAACGUGUUGAAGUGAAUCAAUCUUAAUGAAAGUUUCAGACAUUAUUAUAUACAUUAUGAAGAUUAUGUAAAGAGAUUUUAAAACACUCGUUCGAAUCGUUUCACAGAUAUACAAAAAAGCGCUAAAAGUCCAAAUUUUGAAUGACGAUCCACUUAUACAGGUGGUGAGAAAACGGGUUAGUUUUCAACAUCGCAAGAACGAAAAUACUCCAAAUUCCUAGCAUCAAAAGAUGAUAUUAAGCAGCAUUCUGACGCUACUUAAGAAGAAUUUGAGUCAUUCAUCACGUUUUUAAUAUAUAAUCUAUCGCGGCUAUUGAAAAUUUAAAAUUUGAAAUAUAUUUUCGUUUUAGUCGAAUUCAAACAUACAGAAUUUUUUACUUCUUACGGAGAUUGUUUGCUAAUUACCAAACUUUAAGUUCCUAGUGUUGGAUUUUCAGUAGCGGAUCUAGAUCACACCAAAUUCGGCUUCAUCAGUUUCAAAGUUUUUUGUUUGUUGUUGUCAUAGUAAUAUCGAUUUUACUUAAAUCUACUUUUUCACAAAUUUCAAUCCAUAGCCAAUUACUGGUGAAAAUUUCAUAGCGAUCGGACAAGGAAAAAACCACUUUAAAGGCGAUUGAAAAAUAUCGGUAUGGCCUCUGAAAAACUGUAUCGAAACACCUUAACAAUGGCAACAUGUACAAUUUUUUGCUAUUUAAAGAUAUUUUUUUUCUUUAACAGAGUGUCUGCUAGUCUGAAAGCUUUUUAUUAUUCAAAACUUUGACCGGUUUCAAACUUACUUUGCAACAACUUCCAACAACGCGCAACAACAUGCAACAAAGUGUGCAGACGGACGCAACAUAUAACAUCCAACAAUGUUGGGAGUUGUUGGCCAACAAUGUUGUGUUCGUUAGCACGGGGCUUUAAUUAUUUUCCUUGCCUUUAAAACAGAGUGUCUGCGAGUCUAGCAACGAGGACCUUUGCGGCGACAAAGGAAUCUGCAUCCCAGACUACUCCAAAGACAGCUUUACAUGUAAAUGUAACAAAGGCUACACAGGAACACGGUGCGGUAAGUUACAAACGUCUUUUACCCUGGGUCUCUUCCACCUUGACGUAAGAUUCUAAUCAUUUGUGCAUAAAAUGUGACUUGAAGUUGUUUAUUUAUCUGUUAGCAUCUUAUUAUUCUGAUAUAGUCUUUUACUCGUUUUUAUAUUAAGUCCAAAGUUACGGAGAGAAAAGCUUUCUCGUGGACCAAAGAAUGUUUUAUCAAUUAUUAAAUUCGGCAUCAUAGGAUUCAAAAUAAUUCCAAGUUAAGAAACAAGUUAAAACAUCCUUACCUCCGUCGAUGUUACGUUUAUAUCGAUAAUGCAUCUUUAUCGGGAAGUUUAGGAGAUAAGGGCUGUUCAGGUCUGCAAAUAUACUCCAAAUAGCAGAUGUCGUUCUUCGAGUUGCUUUCUUGCUGUUCUUGCUAUAUUUUUAGACAAUAGUUCGACGUGAAACGAGUAAAAUGUUCCGCCACCACUUACUUCGCCAUCACUCACUUCGAAAACAACUCAAACUCGUCCCCAGGUCUUUUCGGUUAACGGUUCAAUAACCUGCAUUUUCACCGCACUUUUGACGCCAUCGGUUCAAUAUGGCAAAAAUUUUCCAAAUUUGGUCAACAGUAGCUGGUUAUGAUGAAUUAUGCGAGUGAUUUUAGUCAAUCAGAAACAGAGAAAUAUUUUGAAUGAAUAAUAUAUAAUUUCAUAUCCUUGUAUUAAGUUUAAACAUAAGUAUAUUUGCAUAACCUAAAAUACUGUCAACUCUUUCUGAGACGGACAGUCAGGGCUUGUCCCAAAGAUGUCCUUCUUAGAAAAGGGCAUCGUGACACCAGCAAUUUUAAAGUUGAAACUAUACGCGAUGAAUAAACGUCUGUUUAACUUGCACAAAACAGGUAGAGCUGGAACACUGCAACAAAAGUGGAGUUCUUUUCUUAUUGUGCAAUCAGACGUUCAUUACAAUCAAACCGCUUUCACGGCUUCGUGGUCUAAAAGCUUAACACUAUACGCUCUCUUAACUACCAGAGCAAAACUACUUAACAUAUCAAACAUUUUGCAGUUUAAGUUACUGUCAUGUAGAGCAUAUAGAGAGUAUGGUUAAAGUAGAAUGACUGGGACCAACCUUAGGUGUCCGUCUUACGAACGAGUCCGUUUUAUAGAGAGUAUGGUUACAGUAAAAUGUCUGUGACCAACCCUAGGUGUCUGUCUUGGCGAGGUGUCCGUAUUAUAGAGAGUAUGGUUACAGUAAAAUGACUGGGACCAACCCUAGGUGUCCAUCUUAGAGAGGUGUCCGUAUUAUAAAGAGUAUGGUUACAGCAAGAUGACUAAGGUUACAGUAAAAUGACUGGGACCAACCCUAGUUCUUACUAGACAGAAGUACGUCUUUUAAAGUUGUCCGUUAAGAGAGAGUUUACUGUAAAUCGAAAGGGAGAUGGAGGAAUUCGAGACAGUACUAGAAAGCCUAAGGCAACUCGGUUAUCUCAAAUUUUGGGUCAAAACUUUUUCCGCUUUAACGCAAAGGCUACGAAAAUUUGAAAAGUCCGAAUAUACAAUUAUUUUUGAAAAACGGUGUAGAACCUGUUUGACGAUGUGUCAGCUUGGCGCACGUAUAUCAUUAUAGUUUACGACUCUUAUUUUAACUCAUUUGAAUUAAGAGUUAAAAAACAGUUUCCAAAUAAUGAUAUUUGUCGAUAGAUUAUCUGGAAAAAAGUUCACACCUAAACUCUUUUACCUCUUUUACAUUCCAGAAUUCAUCAUAGACUGUUCUAAACUUGGUCAAAGUGGUUUGGCAUCUACUGGAAUCUACUACAUCAAGCCAGAUGGUGGCAGCCCAAUACAAGUGCUGUGUGACAUGACUACAGACAGUGGAGGUUGGACUGUCUUUCAGAGACGUUUAGACGG